GCCAGAUUGAGUCGCCAACGACGAUGCGGUCUUGAUUAUACUCCCCGUGAGGCAUGAGGAUGAGGCUCUCAUCCGUUGUGGGCGCGGUUCUCGCGCUAUGCACAGGAGUAUUUGGAGCAGAGUCGAAUCUCACAGAACCUCGAUCCACGCAAAAGAUAUUAACAGGCGACUUCAAACCUCCUCAAGUAUACGAGAACACCAACCUCGUCCGGACCAUCAACCUCGAGAAAGGCUACGUGCGAGAGACCACCAAUGUGCUGAUCACGAACACGGACAAGUCACCACAGUCGGAAUACUAUGUCCCCUUUGAAUAUGACCUGAUGAGCAAGAUUGGCGGGUUCGACGCCCGGGACAAGAAGAAGCCAGAAUUUCCAUUGGAGGUCACCAUUGCUGCGCUGUCUGCGGUGUUAGACGAUCAGGGCGGAGCUUCAAAACCUACUCAAUACUAUGUCAUCCACCUCUCGGAACCGCUGCCGCCCAAGAGCACCCUCACCCUCUCAAUAUCAUGGAACGUGCUGGGUGUUCUUACGCCUUUGCCUGCCUCUAUCAGACAGGAAGACAAGCAAUACCUCGUCUACAACUUCUCCGCCUACGUUCCCACCGUCUACAAGACAGUAAAACAGAAAACAAAAGUCAAGUUCCCCUCCGCAGAUGUCCCCGAAUACACCACCACGACGGGCUUGACAUCAGCCGCCGAUCCAGAAAAGCAAGGGUCGUCGUUCACAUAUGGUCCAUACGAUACCGCUAAGGUCGAGCCAGGUACGGCCUAUCCGGUGACUGUGCGCUACGAAUUCAACAAACCCCUCCUGGUAUGUAGCCUCCUCGAACGAGAUGUGGAAGUCUCCCACUGGGGAGGUAAUCUGGCAACCGAAGAAAGAUACUGGCUUCGUCAUGACGGCGCUACCCUUUCCAACCAGUUCUCCCGUCUGGCGUGGAGUACGCAAAACUUCUACAUCAGCGCAGGACAGGGGUCUACCUCAGCCCUGAGGGAGCUGAAGGUGCCUCUGAAACCAGGCACUGCGGACCCGUAUUUCACAGACGACAUUGGAAAUGUCUCCACGUCGCGUUUCCGACCCAACAACGUGCGCGAAGCCAGCCUGGAACUCAAGCCUCGCUAUCCCCUCUUCGGUGGAUGGAAGUAUAGUUUCCGCAUCGGCUGGAACAACGCGCUCGCUUCCGUCCUGCGCAAGCUCAAGACCCAGUCCGACACAUACAUCCUGUCCGUCCCACUCCUGGAAGGUCCUAAAAUGCCAGAAGGCAUCCAAUACGAGCAGUUUGUGUUCCGGGUCAUCCUGCCCGAAGGUGCCAAAAACCUCAAGUGGCAAACUCACGGCGGGACGGGCGUGCCGCCUCUGCAUGCCGAGUACGACCUCCACAAGACGUUCAUGGAUACCCUGGGCCGCACAGAGUUGAAGCUGACGGCUCACAACGUCGUGGACGAGGCACGAGAUGUCACCAUCCUGGUGACGUACGAGUAUCCCUUCCUGGCCGCCUUCCGCAAACCCGUGACGAUCUUCACGGGAAUAGCUGUGGUGUUUGCGCUCGCCUGGCUGGUCGCCAGUGUGGACACGAGUAUUGGGAAGAAGAGAAGAUGAUGGUCCUCCUUCGGUCGGGAGGCUGAGGCGGAGGGCUGUGUUGACACUGCCUUGGUGGAAUGUAUACCUCUCUUUGGUCUGUAGAUUAUCCAAAAAGGUGGGCCCCCUUUUUCCUGGGCAGUGAUAGAAAAGCUAGGUAUGAAAUCUGGAUCGCUCGGAUAAAUGUGUGAACUGUUCA